AUGCCCGAAGCCGCAAACGACACGCCAAUGGAGCAAAUGGAAGAAAUCGAGGAAGUGGAGGACAGAGACUACGACCACGGCGAAGAGCUGUUGUUAGGCGGAGCAAAGAAAUUAGUGGUUCUUCCUGGGGCCUCCUCACAUGCCGCAUCGUUUCAGAUUGAGAAAGAAGACCACACCCUGGGAAAUGCUCUCCGGUACUUCGUCAACAAAAAUCCCGAUGUUGAAUUCUGUGGCUAUACCAUUCCACAUCCGUCUGAGACGAAAAUGAACAUCAGGAUCCAGACAUGGGAAGACACCAAGACGACAGCAGCAGAGGCACUCAGAAAAGGCCUGAUGGACCUAAUGGAAGCUUGCGAUAUCAUAUCGGAGGAGUUCACCGAGGCACGAGACGAAUUUGACGCCCACAAAUCAUGA